AAUUUUCCAGCGCAGUCUCACUCCGGACACUGAGGUGGGCUCAACUCUCAAACGCUCCACACAAUCGUCCGAGUUGAAAUUGACUAAAUCAGAACCAGACGCAAGACUUGCUUGACUUAGCUGACCGUACGUUGUAUGUUCUGUUAUUUACUCCAGUUCUCCUGGGUGUGGCUUGGUUAAACACAUACCGUCACGUAGGACACUGCUACUGCUGGCUGUAAACCUGUCAUUUAUUGUGGCAAUCAAGUGAAGCUCACGAGUGAACACAGGUUUGAAGAGCAACACUACCGCGAUACUGUGAUUCUGGAACUCUUAUAAUGAUGGGUCGUUGGUGAUAUGCCCAGCGCUGAGAAGAAAGUUUAAAAUUUUUCUGCCUAAUUAUAGCAAAUACAGAUUGAUGAACGCUUGGAAAACAUCAAGGAUGUUGUGGUGGGUGAUGGUGGUGAUGGUGUGGCUGGUGGGUGACGUCACUGCCCGGGAGUCGAGAAAGGAGGCUAACCUUCUGGACGAGUCAUAUGCACACAACCUCGACCACAUGCAACAGCAGCAGGGUCAACACGACGCUGGGGAGAGUAACAUUGUUAUGGAUUAUGAUUACUUCAUGCACGGGCUGCGUCAGGUGGGUGCUUUGCCGUACUCUGACCUGGACCGAGUGCACUCAAGACCCGAGUCCAACACACCUCGUAAUCCUUACUUAAGUCAAGACAACAUUGCUGCUGCGCCAGACAUGCCACACUACGACGACUACUUCAGCUACAACUAUAAACAAGACGAAGAAAAACAUGGCAGCAGUUAUCCCUCUGAAGGUGAUAGUGUCAGCUACGACUCGACAGGGCAUCAAGAACAAACAUUCAUAAACCACGAUCCUUUCUCUGUAUUUUACGAUUCUAUGUUCCCUAAGAUGGAUUCUAUCAUCCCUGUGGAGGAAACAAAGACGAUUAGUGAAAAUAUGUCUCGACGGCCGCCAUCCACAACCGUCACACCAAGACCCUCUCUCCCGCCAACCGUCCUCACACCCACAAGACCAACACAAGCUCCUUCUGUCAUACAUUCUCGUCCCCAGCCUUCUCCCUCCCCAGCAGACCUAGCAGGUAAUUCGCUUAACACAACAAGACUGACGCACCUAAAGGCGAUGAUGCCGACACUCCUCGAAAAGUUUGGUCUUCCAAAAUCGCUCGGUGACCAGCUCUUCAGGGACGAUGCGGCGCUGCUCAACACACUCGUUCACAUUAUUCAGGAUGAGAACGUGCGGGAAGCCAUGAGCAUGGUCCCUCAGCUGGACCUGACUAGUUUCCCCAAAAUGUUGAGCAGCCUGGACCCUACCCGGGUGGUGAAGCUCCUGCGAGGCACUGACCUCUCCAAGGUCAUGGACCUCGUCAAGAGUUUGGGCAUCGACACUUCGUAUAUUACUGGCGUCUUUAAUCGAGGGGGAGCGGCGGCACAGCACGGGAACCAGGAGAGUGAUGGCGACGGCAAGUUCAUCUUCCUACCCCUCCUGGACACUGACAGCGUCAACAACGUGCAGUCGCUGGGCUUCGUCAUCAUCUUGUUCUUCCUCCUUACCACCGCCUUCGCCUAUCUCGAAAACGACAUCUUCGAAACAGACGGGUUGGGCACAUAUGUGGAGUCUGAGUCACAGCACUUGAACCAGGAGAUGAUGGGGUGGGGCGACACCCGCCAUCACUUGCUGCCAGCUGUAGAAGCCGCUGAGACCUCCCCCGACCACCGGUACACCCCCAGCCCCGACCACCACCAUGAACUACCCUACCGGGCCCAGCCAUACCCGACAUUAAAGGUACCUGGUGUAUCACGUCGGGCAACUUCCCGUCCGUUUUAUCUGAAGACCCAACAGGCAUAUGCUCGGCCAACUCAGAAACACUGGGGUCUUCAUCCUGCAACACAACACACCAUUCAGUUGCGUCAACACCCAAAACCCCGCUACCGUACACGGAGUCACCUGGACCUGAGCCCUCACUAUCUUCAUCGCCCCACACGCCCCCAGCCAUCCGCACGACCCUUAAAGCCCGCUGAACACAUCGACCGAAGACACUACACUUCCUCUGAAGACGACUAUCUGUAUGACGCGGAGCACACUUAUGAAAACGACUAUGUGCACCGAGAGUAUGAACCAUCUCAGGUUGAGGAGUGGGAGGCCAAGCGGCACCCUAACCACCAGUAUCACACCGAAACCUCAAGAGCUAAAGAAAAUGAUGAUUACUACACCUUUUACUCCCCUUCCCUCAUACCCACUACCUGGCGGCCUCUUCCACCCACCAUCUCUUCGUCCACUACCUUCACCACUGGGAGGGCUACCAUACCUACCACGUUAGUGCCUGAGACGCGGCCCACCAGCAAGUAUGCUUCGACGAUCAGGUCCUCCCUCGAAGAGUACCGCAAGACCAGGACCAACAGGCCGAGCUCCACACCACAUCAUUAAAUGUUCACAAGUUCGCAAACACGAAAGACAAAACAGCUGCCCCUCUCAAGCAGCUAAACCCCAUUAAAAAUAGUAUUUAGACAAUGAUAGAUUUUGUGAAUAAAUUAGAUUUUUCUUUGAAGGUUAGGAUAAUAUUGUUAUUAUAUUCUUAUUUCGUCGUGCCCCUUAGUGUUUAGUUUUAUCCUGUCAUAGUGUGUGGUCAUUGGUUUGAAGGUCACUAUGUAUUGUACCAUCUUGCCCCUAGACCGUGAUGUCACCUGAUGCAAUACUCAUUAGUGUAAAAGUGUGAUCAGAGUAGUAGGAACACCAAGCUUGUUGCCUGUGUGUCUUAUAAAAAGUAUAUCUGUAAACAAAAAAACUCGGCUAAGACUCAUUUGUUUAUGCUAGAACAAUGGGUUGUUAGUUGUGUUUAUUUAUAUAAUGUAUACGAUUAUUUAUUUAAGUUAUAUGAUUCUACCGUUUAUUUUAUAUGUUCUCGUUCCUUUGUUAUUUUUCUUGUGUCUCUCGCCUUGGGAGUUGUGUUAUGAGGCGUCACAACAUGUUCCUUGUUCCACGUUCCUCACGAUAUUGGUUGAUUUUACGUUCCUCAUGAUAUUGGUUGUUCCACGUUCCUCACGAUAUUGGUUGAUUUUACGUUCCUCAUGAUAUUGGUUUAUUCCACGUUCCUCAUGAUACUGGUUAUUCCACGUUCCUCAUGAUACUGGUUGUUCCACAUGAUACUGGUUCUUCUACAUUCCCCAUGAUACUGGUUAUUUCACGUUCCGCAAUAUACCGGUUAUUCCACGUUCCGCAAUAUACCGGUUAUUCCACGUUCCGCAAUAUACCGGUUAUUCCACGUUCCGCAAUAUACCGGUUGUUCUUGAUCAUUAAAGGUGUCACUUUUCCUCUCAUAUCCUAAUGCAAUGUUCAUGCGUCCUUGAAACUGAAAUAUCCCUGUGCCAUGGUGGCCGAUAGCGCUUGUUGUCUUAGAUGAGGAUUGUGACUGUAUGGGCCCUUGUCUUGAAUAUUUUAUCUUAUUCAUUAAACCUGAUUGUUCAGU